AUGCCCGCUGAUACCGUUGGAAAGACCAUCACCUGCAAGGCGGCCGUCGCCUGGGAGGCCGGCAAAGACCUUUCGAUCGAGGACGUCGAGGUUUUACCUCCAAGGGCUCACGAAGUCCGCAUUGAAAUAUACUACACCGGCGUGUGUCACACUGAGAUAGAUGCCUACACGCUAUCAGGCAAGGAUCCGGAGGGGGCCUUCCCUGUUAUCCUGGGACAUGAGGGUGCUGGUGUGGUGGAAUCUGUGGGAGAAGGCGUGACCAAUGUCAAGCCUGGUGACCACGUCGUCGCUCUUUACACUCCGGAGUGCAAAGAAUGCAAGUUCUGCAUCUCUGGCAAGACCAACUUGUGCGGGAAGAUUCGGGCAACACAGGGCAGGGGUGUGAUGCCAGACGGAACAUCCCGAUUCAAGGUCAAGGGUCAAGACAUUCUGCACUUCAUGGGCACAUCUACCUUCUCCCAGUACACUGUUGUCGCUGAUAUCUCGGUUGUGGCCCUCACCGAUAAGGCGCCCAUGGACAAGACAUGUCUGUUGGGUUGCGGAAUCACCACCGGCUAUGGAGCAGCUGUGAUCACGGCCAACGUCGAGAAAGGUUCGAACGUGGCCGUAUUUGGCGCAGGCUGCGUCGGUCUAUCGGUCAUCCAAGGCGCCGUCAAGAACGGAGCAGGUAGGAUCAUCGUCGUGGACGUGAACGACAAGAAGAAGCAAUGGGCGGAGCAGUUCGGAGCCACUGAAUUCGUCAACCCUACCAAGCUCAAUGGCCAAAGCAUCCAGGAGAAAUUGGUCGAAAUGACGGAUGGCGGUCUAGACUACACCUUUGACUGCACGGGCAAUGUGCAAGUCAUGAGGGCUGCCCUGGAGGCUUGCCACAAGGGUUGGGGUCAAUCCAUCAUCAUUGGUGUCGCCCCUGCCGGCGCUGAGAUCUCCACGAGACCUUUCCAACUUGUCACUGGUCGUGUCUGGCGAGGUUGCGCCUUCGGUGGCGUCAAGGGUCGCACUCAGCUUCCAGGACUUGUGCAGGACUAUCUCGAUGGAAAGCUGAAAGUGGAUGAAUUCAUCACGCAUCGUCAGCAACUUGCGAAGAUUAAUGAGGCUUUCCACGACAUGCAUGCUGGAGACUGCAUCCGCUGCGUGGUCGACAUGCGAGCCGGGAAUUGA